GAUUAAUGCCUGUAAUAUAUUUACAAAUCCAAUAAAAGCAGGAAUGUUUCCAUCACUGAAUUAAUGUAGUGUAGUACAUCCAGAGACAUUAUUUAUAUUUUGCCCGGAUUUGAUCUAUUGUUGCAGACAAAUGUGUUGGUCUCACUGGUAAAUAUGUGCAAAAAGCCUGGAAAUAAAUUUUCAAUCACAAAAGCUAAAUUUUGCUAUAUUUUAGAAAAUGUAACUUUUUAUCCCAUGAACCCAGAGGCGGUCCUAGCCUCUCUGACGCCCCCAUUCCCCCACCCUGCAACAAAGUUGUUGCUUGGGGGGCACUUAAGAGUUGGGGCAUUUGAGGACCGGAUGGGAGAAGAAGGAAGUGCUCGCUUAUGCCGACCCCCAUAAGAUGCCACUCUGGGCUUUCGCCCAUGUCGCCCAUAUCGAAAGCCACCACUGCCGGUACCUCUACCAUUACCUUUAAAAAAAUAAAUGUAACCAAACCUUUAUAGCUUAAACGUUACUUUUAAGUUGAUCUGAUUUCUUGCAACUUCCUAUUAGUGAUUCAGGAGUUCCUUUUUCCUGGGAAAAAUCUGAAUAUAAUGUGACACAGUGAACUAUUUCUUUCAAUUAUUUUCCAUUACGCUGAAUCAGGAUCCUGUGGAGGAUUGUUGUGCCGUAGUUCCUAAAAAACCAAUCAAAAUCCUGGAAAUCCCCUCAGACGAGGCGUGCUAAGAUCAGCAGCAAACAGGCUCUUCUUUGACACAGAUUUAUCUUCAUCCUAAUGGGUCUCAUCCUGUCUGCCUGGCUGAACGGCCCAGCGGCUGACGGAGUCCCCUCUUCUUCAUCAGCUUUCCCUCCGCUGGCCGUCCCAACCUCGUCCAGAGUCGCCCUCAUCCUGAACUCCUCCGCAGUGUCUCCAGGAGACAGACGCUCACACUGGAGCUCGCAGCACCACUCUCCUCACUUCCAGCUCUCUCAAUGCAAGCAGGAAGUGACACGAGCACCUGCCGAGCUCAGCAGCGAUGGGGUCAGGGCCGAGGUGGGGGUGGAGAGUGGGCUCCAUGUGUGGGAGGUAACUUGGAACCCUGAGCACAGAGGAAGUCAUGCAGUCAUAGGAAUUUCGAGGCAGGACUGUCCUCUGCAAGACUCGGGUUAUAAAGUUCUGGUGGGUGGAGAUUCCCUGUCUUGGGGAUGGGAACUACAAACCAAUCAGCUCUGGCAUGGUGGAGAAACUCUGGCGUGUUUUCCGUGUGAAAGGAGGGGGUCUCUUAGAUUGAAAUCCUCAAACUCACUGCACAGCAAAGAGACAGAUGCACCACUCCGUAUUCCUGAACGCGUCCAGCUGGUCCUGGAUGCUGAUGCGGGGACUCUGGGGUUUGCUGUCCAUGGCAGCUUCCUGGGUGUUGCAUUCAGGGACCUUCCUCCUGGAGUGGAACUGUUCCCAGCAGUAAGCAGCGUGAGAGGAGGAGCACGGAUUGUAUUGCGCUAUCUGAAUGGAACUACACGUAAUCCUCCUGCCCUGAAGGCUCUGUGUGGACUAUCAAUUCUGCAGAAUUUAGGGCAACAAGGGCAGAACCAAGUGGACAAACUGCCUCUACCACCUUUACUCCAACACUACCUGCUUUCCUCUUUCUAACUCCCUUGCAAAUUUACAUGCAAACGCUUUUGCAUUUUCUUUUAAAUACAUUUGUUUGCAUUGUUUGUACAAUACAAACAAGUUGUUUUUACUGUAUUGUAUCAACUAUUUAUUGAUAGUUUUAUAAUUGAGAAACUCACUUUGGAUAAUGGUAUUUAAAAACCUUCACACAAGCCUGAUAAGGACUCCUUCAACUACAAACACAUGUAAAUAGUCUGAAUGUUUGUUUUAAUAAACCAGACUUGCGGAUACAUAAACCCUUUCCAGGUAUCAGAUCUUUCUUUUUUCCUUUUACUUCUGAAAUAUUAAAGCACUGUCAGUACGGCCUGUUCAAGCUGGUAGAUUGAAAUGUCACACUAAGCUUAAAAACAGUCAUGCUGAAAACAAUAUUCCUAAAUUGUUGAAAUUGAUUUUAAUACUUUGAAAACGGAAACAAAUGUGAUUUCAGGUUGUGAUCCAGAAAAUGCAACUUUGAUGAGUUGUAAGAAACAUCCAAUGAUGAGUGCAAGUGUAAUAUGUUGUUUAUUUUACAGCAUAUUUAUUUGUUCACGCUAUUGAAAUGAUUAAAACUGAAAAGUUCUAGUUUUCUUAAUGUAUUAUUCUUCCCUAAAUGUCAUCGAAUUCAUAGUUUUAAAUUAAGUUAAGCACAAAAUUAUCCACACCUGGCAGAUUUAAAUUUCAUAUUGUUUUCUUUCCAUCAACAAGUGCAUUUCUGAUGUGAAAUAAGACAGGUAUGUCUCAAGAGGCAAUAAAACAAUGUAUACGGGGUAUCAGCUUUGAAAAACAAAACAAACAAUGUUUACAUUUUAAUAAAAAAAAUCACUUGUCAAAAAUGAUUUACACUGAUUUCCAUAAUCGAUGGUAAAAUAUUCAUUGGCAAUUAAUUAAUAAUUAAUCCUUUUUGUUAGUUCUUAUUACUGCUGGCCACCUCAUCCUCUUCCCACUGGUUCAAAUUCCAGUUCAAGCCUGAACUUUGACUGGGCCACUCCAAAAUGUGGGCCAGUCAAAAUUUUUAUUUUGAACUUAUCUACCAAUUUCUGCCAUCCAAACAUGCAUGUAUAUUGAUGCUGACAUGUCAUUUCUGUGUCACUGUUUGUUUUAGGUAAAACUUGAUGGUGCAAUUAUUACUCCAUCAGUAUUUGAUGAACUGUGUCUGAACCGCUAUUGUUAUACUAAAUGAUUUGAACACAUUUCAUUUAGUUGUAGUCUGGAUAUUUUUUAUGUGUAAAACAAAUUGUGCAAAGACAAUAAAAGCUUCAAAAUUGGAGAACAGAGAGUGAAAUUCA